CUCCAUUUGCGUCUCACACGAAGAUCGCCGUCGUCUUUCGACUCCAUCCACUCGAAGCUCUCUCUCGCGCGCAGUUUCAUACUCUUCUCAUCUUCGUAACGAUUUCUGCUCAGGACUUCGAGUAGGAGACGGAACGGAAGUGAAUCCAUGAAGAUUGGAGCGAUUGUGGAAGAAGGAUAUGUGUACGAAGAGGAAGUGCAUCUGACGGUGAGAAAAACUUGCCUCUUCUUCGCCGGCGACGGAUUUAGAGCUUAUGAUUCGAAAGGUGAACUCGUCUUCCGCGUCGAUUUGUACGGUCCAGACGCCGGCGAUACUGGAGAAGUCGUUCUCAUGGACGCCUCCGGUCGGUGCAUCCUCACCGUCCGCCGCAAGAGGCCGAGUCUUCACCAGAGAUGGGAAGGCUUCGUCGGCGAGGGAAGCGAGGGGGAGAAACCGCUCUUCAGCGUGCGUAGAUCGUCGAUAAUCGGACGGUCAAACGUGUCGGUUGAAGUGUACACCAAUCCAAGCCAGGAGUACAACAUAGAAGGCUCGUUCGGGUGCCGUAACUGCACCAUUUACAACGCGGAGAAGGAAGCGGUGGCUGAGAUUCGCCGGAAAGUGGACGCCUCCCACCAUAUCGUGCUCGGAAAGGACGUCUUCGUCCUCUCUCUUAAGCCAGGCUUCGACGUGGCGUUCGCCAUGGGAGUGGUCCUGGUGCUCGAUCAGAUCCACGGCGCCGACGACGACGACGACAGGGCGGAGAACGGCAACAGAGUCGGCGUGGACCCCAACAUCGACGACUCGUAAAUGGAUGUUUUUUUCUCUUGAAAGUAAUUAAUUAACUAAUUUCGAUUUCGACUUCCCUUUUUAGUUUGAAAAGUGAAUCUCGAAAGUUGUUGGGAUUAGGAAAUCUGCUAAAGAAUUAUUAUUAAUUAUUUGUAUUGUAUAAAUACAAGAUUUUUUUUUAGCAGUAUAAUACUGUGUUUUGUAAUAAAAAGUAUUGUAUAUUUAUUUUA